CCGGGUCCUUUUCUGGCCGCUGGUCAGAAUUUCAAAAGGAAGUCUCCUUUGGCAUUGCGUGAAAGAAACACAGCGAUGACUCAUACGGUUGUACUCUUGGCCAGUAGAUAAAGUUCUUGUCCAUUGUGGGACUCCCCAGCAGGGCUGGGAGGAAUUUCCCCUCCUGCAUUCUUUACAAUAGCAGAUGGCCGUUCUGGAACGACUUCUCCACUCCUGUUGUUGAAGCUCUUGUUUUUCUCUGACCACUGUGGAAGUCAUUAAAGUUGUGUGCGAGCACGGCCCUGCACUUGGGAAUGGCAUUCUUUGAAAGCCUCCUGGGUCGGGGCUAUGCAGGAAACGGGGUGGUUUCUCUGCAGCUCCGUUGAUGUGCCCGAACCCAGAUCGUCAGCUGGCCCAGCGUGGCCCCGUCCUCUCAGCUGUCCCUCUAAAGAAAGACACACGCGAUGUCAGAGCACAUUGCAUUGCGGGCAAGGCUGCCUUUCUGUCUGACCUGCCUGGAGCUGGAGCGUUACCUCCAGAGCGAGCCCUGCUAUGUGUCGGCCUCUGAGAUCAAGUUCGACAGCCAGGAAGAUCUGUGGACCAAAAUCAUCCUGGCUCGGGAGAAAAAGGAGGAUCCGGACCUGAAGCUUUCCUCCAGUCCCCCCGAGGACGCUCUGAACAGCCCCGGCUUUGCUUACAACGUGGAGACCAACAGCCUCAACUCGGACCUGAGCAGCGAGUCUUCCGACAGCUCCGAGGAACUCUCCCCCACCACUAAGUUCUCCUCCGACCCCAUCGGCGAAGUCUUGGUCAGCUCGGGGACCCUGAGCUCGUCGGUCACCUCCACGCCCCCUUCUUCUCCGGAACUGAGCAGGGAGGCGUCUCACCUGUGGGGCUGCGUGCCCGGCGAGCCGCACCCUUCCGGGAAGGUGCGCGGCGGAACUGCGGGCAAGCCGGGUGACAAGGGCAGCGGGGACGCGUCCCCAGAUGGCCGGAGGAGGGUGCAUCGGUGCCACUUUAACGGCUGCAGGAAAGUUUACACCAAAAGCUCGCACUUGAAAGCUCAUCAGCGCACUCACACAGGAGAAAAGCCUUACAGAUGCUCAUGGGAAGGGUGUGAGUGGCGUUUUGCAAGAAGCGAUGAGUUAACCAGACACUUCAGAAAGCACACUGGUGCCAAGCCUUUUAAAUGUUCUCACUGUGACAGGUGUUUCUCCAGGUCCGACCACCUGGCCCUGCACAUGAAGAGGCACCUGUGAGGGGCAGCGCGGCGAACCCUGCGGGCUAAACGGCUUCCAGGCUGAGAGACAGCCGUGGAAGGAGGGUGCGUGUUCCAGCCAAAGCAUGCCAUUUUGCACCCCACCCAGCUGCCUCCAGGACCUCUACUUGGAAGGUCCCUCGAGGGCGAAACCCGUCACGUCAGAGGCGGCAGAGCACGCGCGGUGUGUGGCGUCUGGGUGGCCCUGACUCACCACCGGUCCCCACCUUCCGAGUGGUCCCUAAGCCUUCGCCGUGAGCGUGUGCACUGAGAAUGUUAAUGGUUGGGUGGACUGUGUGUGGAGGAUCUUUUCUGACUGUGUGAUGAGGCCGAGGCUUCUCCCCGGCGGCGGCGAGGCCGCGAGAGGCCGCAAACGCGUAGUUUGAAUGUUUUGUGUGUGCGGAGUAUAUACCACGAGAGGAGAUGACCACCAGACGUUUCCUAGGGGGUGGGGUCUGCGCCUUAGAAUAAAAAUUAAAAAAAAAAAAAAAGAAGGGAACCUAUGGAGGGCGGGAGUGGGUGGUCACGACCCCCGAGUGGCAGUGAAUGGGUGUGGGGAGGGGACCCCCCCUUCCCGUGUGCGAGAACGUUUGGUGUCUGGUGCAGCUAUGAAACGUGCAAUGUGUCAAGUAGCUGGUUUGCACUGGCUACAGCGAGCUCAUUUGUUACCCGUCGUAUAAGCUGUGUAUCUACAAAUAUAACACAUGAUAACUUUUCCUUGUAAGACACAAAGUACUGCAUGGUCCGGGGGACGAUCUGCUUUUCCAUUCUUCGGUCAGGGCUACACUGUUGAUUCCAGUUACUGAGCAGCGAAGACAACGGUUGGUCAAAUUCAGUGCUCCCUACCCAUCUGGGCCUGGCAAUACACAAUCCUCCCCCCCCCCCCUCGAUUUUGUAACACUCCCUUUCAGAAAGGCGUUGCGCAGCAUAGGAUUAUUUUUUGAACGAUGCUGAAUUUGAAUUCCCUUUUCGGAGAAUUCCGUGAUGCCCUUUGAAGGCAUUGGGCGUAUGUUGGGUAUCAAGAAUGCUAGGGCUGGGAAUUGCCGGUCUAAUGUUGCAUUAGACUGAGAACCGAAAAUUUUUCUCAGUUGGGUGGAUAAAACCACUAAAGCUUAGAAACUGUUUUUUCAUGCAGCUAAGUUUCUCUUAUUUAUGCCUUGAGGACUAAUUUCUGGUUUUCUAGCUGUUAAUGCACUGUAGAUCUUAAUAAUGGUGCCUUAUGCAAGUGGCCCCUUCUGCGGGGGGGCCUCAUACAGGGGUAUGGGUGAUGCAUGCUUUAUUAAGGCUCUUUUUUUCACCUGGCAUUGUACUGUAUCAAUAUAUAAUACAGAGGGAAAAACAAUCUCUUUAAAAGUCCUCCUUCACCAAGACAGAGAAAGAGAUAAAACUCCCCAGACGAGUCAGUAUUUACUCGGUAUUUUUGACAACUUGACUGUCAGUGUUAAAGUGAAAACACAGGAUAAUUGGAAAAUCGGACCAUUUCUGCCACCAUGAGACUUUCAUAUAGACUUUGCACAACCAUUGUGUAUAGAUCACACACCGGCUGUAUUUAAUAUGUAACGUUUCCACACAUAUUAAAGACACAGAAGUAUAAAAAAAAAAAACCCAAUGUUAAUGUAUUUGCUUAAAAGGCACAGGUCCACACAUGUAUCUGUUGCUAAUACAGAAAGUAUAUUACUUUUUUUAAAAAGUGGGCGGAAUUCUUGUGUAUGUAUAUUUGUCUGUAAUGUAUGUGUAUGUGUGUGUGUGUAUGUGUGUAUAUAUAUACAUAUAUAUAGAUAAUAUAUAAAUAUUUUUUUAAGGAAAAAUGAGAAUGUUUAGCUAGGAAUUUCCACAGCCUGUGAAGAAAUAUUUCAGAAUGGCCAUAAAGGAGGUAAAAAUGAAAACUAUAACUUUUACGAAGGCUUUAUCUGUAAUUUAAUGAUCUGCUACAGAGUCUUGGCAUCAGAUCUCCCCCAGACUGCUGAUCAUUAUUGGCAGGUCCGGAGUAGUGGACCUUCGGCCGUCCCAAAGUGGCUCAGACGGGAAUGCUGACCCACUAAUUGGUCUCAGACACACCAAGGUUUUGAUUUUGAAUUUCAGCCUUAUUAGAACGUCGAAACUAAGAGUAAGCUAAUCACUUUUUAGUAAGCUAAAAAGGGUUCUUUUUUAGAAUACUUUUUAUGCAGAUGAAGCUAUUUUUUUUUCCAGCACAUAGAUUCUUCCAACGAGUCAUUUCCCCGAAUUGGCAUACCACAGCAUGGCUGAUAUUCCAUCCAGCUGCUGGCUGGUGGGUGUGGAUCUCGUCUUUAUAUAUAUGUAUAUAUAUAUAUACAUAUGAGUCUGGCUGGCCUGGUAUUUUGUUUGAUCUUCCUGGAAAUGAGCAACGAUGAAAGCUCACAUAACUGGUUUUUUGUUUUGUUUCGUUUUGUUUUUCAAUCUGGGCUGAAUACACAUACCUGAAGAACUCAUUUCAUUUUGCUGCGGGGCGGGUGGUGGGGGGGGAUGCACUUUUCUUUUGGCGAUUCCGAAUCCAGGCACUUGAUUUGCUGGGUUUUGGGAAACUCCUUUUUUGGCCCUGCUCUGUUGCUUUAGCCAUAACAAUUCCAUUAAGCAAGAAGGUAAACGAAAAGACAAAAAAGGAAAGAAGGGAAAAAAAAAAAAAAAAACCCACACAACAGCUUGCCCUGGCUUGUGUCACUUACAAAACAUCAUGGAGUUGUUUGAUUGGGUGGGGCUCGAUGCCAUGUGUGUCAAUGCCUGUAAUUUUCAUAAUAAGCAAGUACAUAAAGAAUUACAUUCUGUUCAGGUGAUAACUGAGCCUCAAUCAAGCAGAAACCUUUUGCUUGACAUUAAAAAAAAAAUUUCUAUUAGUGAAAUUUCUUUUGUUUUUUUUUUGAAGCACCCUGUUAUCUAAAGAAUCUUUGUAAGAUUUUUGUAAAAUUUUGUUUUACAAGAUUUUAUUUGAAAUUGUUUUUUGCAAGAUUGUUAUAUUUCUGUAUGAAUGUAUUUUUUAUUGGAAUAACAUAAAAGAAUUCUUAUCAGCA